AUGAAGUCUUCGCCAUUGCUAUGCAAAAAGCCAGCUGCUCAAUUUUUUAUGUUCACGGAUACCCACAUCUACUCUGGCAUAGCAUUACUAAGACGAUCAACGAUCAAAGUGGCUGCAUUCAAAUCAGGCGCAAAUACUCCAACGGAUGACGAUGAUGAUAAAAUUCCAAAUCAAGAUGAAAAACAAAUUUGUAAUGAUUCAGAUGAUUCAUCGGCAUCCAUCAGUACUUCUACAAAUAAUCAAACAUCAGGUGAAUUUCAAUUGAGUACAAACUGCAGUAGUCAUUCGUCUGAUUCGAAUAUACCUGUUUCAUCAUUAUCAAUGGUUGCACUGAAUUCAAAUCAAUCAUUAGCUUCACCAUUGACUCGUGCAGAUGUCAAUGAUGGUAAACCGAAGAGUGUUGUGAGAAAUUUUCUACGAAAAAUUUUUGGAUCAUCAUCAAAUUCAUCCCGUCAUCGAAUAGCAAAGUCAGCAUGUGUUAAUUCAUCAAACGCUAAUACUGGAGCCUAUAGAUUGCCGAUUACACAAGGUCCGAUGCGUUUAUUCGUACUUCGACAUGGCGAAAGACUUGAUCGAUAUUAUUCAUCACGAUGGUUACGACAAGCAUUUGAUAAAGAUGGAAAUUAUUGUCGUUUUUCGCCUAUUUUACCGGAAACAUUGCCAACACGUGCUUCAAUUGAUGAUUUUGAUCUUGAUCCACCACUUACAUGCAAUGGUAUGAAAGAUGCUUAUCACACAGGUGCUGGAUUAAAAGAGAAAAACAUUGCUAUUCAUUAUUGCUAUUCAUCACCAGCAUUACGAUGUAUUCAGACCGCUGCAAAAGUACUUCAAGGUUUAGAAGUAGACAAUAAAUUAAAAAUUCGAAUCGAGCCUGGUCUAUUUGAAUGUACUGGCUGGUAUGUCGACGGUAGAAAAAGCAAUGUAUUAGCUAUGCCUCAAUUUAUGACGAAAACUGAAGUGCUGGAAAAUAGGUAUCCUAUUGAUAAACAUUACCGUGAACAGAUGAACACAAUUGAAAUAUCUCAACUUGAAACUGAACUUGAAUUUUAUGAACGAAGUCAUACAGUUACUUCAACUAUUCUUAAAAUGCAUGAGAAUGAAUUUAUUACACAAGUGAAACAAGGCCAAUUGACACUUCAAGAUCACGUACAUAUUUUAUUUAUUGCUCAUGCUCCUACAUUGGAAACAUGUACACGUAAAUUAUGUGGCGGGAGAUUUCGCCCAUCUGCAUUAGCAAAUGUUAUUCGAAAUGUUGACUUUUUAACAAUGACUGUUAUUGAAAAAACGGAUAAUAAUUGCGAUAAAUGGAAAUUUCGACGGCAUUCAUUUUACGGCGAUGAAUUUUAA